CAGCGUACCCUCUUGUGAGGGCGUAAAGGAGACGGAGCAGAGCGAGCAGAGAGGGAGGGGAGCACAGGGAGAGGACAGUGAGGAGAGAGAGGCAGCGUGUGAGGGCUGCUGAGGCUCAGAGAUAAAGUCAGGCAACUAUCUGGAGAAGCAUGACUCUUCUAACACUUGGACUGUAUCUGCCACUGUGGUUUUGUUAUGGCCUGGCUCAAUCCUCUUUUCUGGACAGCUUUGUUUCCUUCCCAGUGGCUCUCCGAUCCCCGGAGCAGCAGAAGAGAUUCAGCCCAUGCUGUUUACUGAGUCCGCCUCCACCCCCACUGUUUCCUCCACCCCCUUCACUUUGGCGCCGCCAUGCUCAUAAUGAAGACAUUUCAAAUAACAGUGGUGAGUCAGAGCCGGGCAAGGAGGACAAAGGUUCUGCCUGCGUCCGAGGCCCCCGCGGGCCCGCUGGUCCCUCUGGUCCUCAGGGUCCACCUGGAUUACCUGGGAUAGAAGGGCCCAAGGGAGAAAAGGGAGAAAUCGGAAGACCUGGGCAAAAGGGUCGAACAGGUCCUCCUGGACUUCCUGGCAAACAGGGACCAGCUGGAUGGCCUGGACCAAGUGGGCCCAAAGGUGAGAAAGGUGACCCGGGGCUGAUGGGUUUGCCUGGAGCCAGAGGACCUAUUGGGCCACGGGGUUUACCCGGGUAUAAAGGUGAAAAGGGUUCUCGAGGAGAUCGCGGUGAAAGUGGAGUGAAAGGCGACAAGGGUGCGAUGGGUUUCCCAGGAAUGCUUGGACAGAAAGGGGAAAUGGGUCCAAAGGGAGAACCUGGGAUCUCAGGAAACAGAGGACCCACUGGCCGACCAGGGAAGAGAGGCAAGCAGGGAGGUAAAGGAGACACAGGCAGUGUUGGUCCGAUGGGACCUGCAGGCCCACAGGGAACUCCAGGCCACCCUGGUCCUCCUGGUUCACCUGCCACAGGACUAUUCAUGGUUGGAACAAAGGGUGGGCGUGGUCCACCAGGGCCUCCUGGAAAGUGUAGCUGUGGCUCUCUCAGUAAUUCUCCAUUUGAUGAUUACCCUUCCAGAGGAAACUAUCCCAAAGUAUCAGCGAUAUUCGUUGUCAGCAAUGAGGAAGAACUGGAGAGCCUUCACACAGAUAAUGCUCUUGCAUUCCGCAAAGACCAGAGAUCUCUCUAUUUCAAAGACAUUGAUGGCUGGCUGCCAAUCCAGACUUUUCCAUUCCAGUUGACUCCGUUCCAGUCCAUGGAAAACGCACCUGACGAUGAGGGUUACUGCGGUGACGGGAUUGUGCAGAUUUCCACUGGGGAGGAGUGUGACGACAGAAACAGAGUCGUCACUGACGGCUGCGUCAAGUGUAAACACGCCUACUGUGGAGACGGUUACCGCUAUGAGGGGGCUGAGGAGUGUGAUGGAAAGGACUUUGGAUACCAGACAUGUAAUUCAUAUCUCCCAGGGUCAUAUGGUCACCUCAAGUGCACACCAUACUGUGUUAUUGACUCCACAAACUGCAAGUACUUCACUUGAGGUGGAAGCUGGACAGUGCAGCGGGAUCCUCUGUGUGAUAUUUGGAAUAUUUUUAUGCAAAAAAAAAAAGAACAAUAAUGCUCCAAGCAAGAGACUCUGAAGGUAGAGGCAGCCAA